AUGGACAUGGAGGAUUCCUCCCCAUGCUCCUCCUCCUCCUCGCCGGCGCCGGCGGCGGAUUUCGUCGACUACCUGGGCCCCGACACCUCCGUCACCGUCUUCACCAUGCUCCACCACCCCGCCGACCUCGCACGCGCAUCCGCCGUCUCCCGAUCCUGGCGACAAUUCGUUAUCGACAACCAGUUCAGCAAGCUGCAGUGCCUGCGGGCCUGCCCGGAGCUCUCCACCUUCACCCAAGUCGACGUCACCACCACCACCUCCAGAACCCUGGCACGCCGGGAUCAGGACACCGCCACGAGCGCUGACGACAAGCUCCAUCGGGACCACAGGGUGUACAUGCACCUCAGCCACGGCCUCCUCACGCCCUACAAGCCCAGGGACUGCAUCAUCCACUGCAUCGGCGCCUCCAGCACCGACAACUUCCCCGACGAGACCAUCGAGAACACCCUCGAGCCUGUCGACCGCCUCGAGUCCAACAGGCCCUCCUACUGGUCCAGCGGUGGCCAGAGGGACCCCGCCACCGCCGAGUGCCUCAUAUAUCGCCUCCAGGCCGAUCUCUGCCUCAUCCAAGAGAUCAAGCUGCAGCCAUUCAAAGCGUUUUUCCAGCAUGGCGAUCCCAUAUAUUCGCCAAAGAGCAUCCGGGUCCAGAUGGGCUAUCCAAGGUCACCGCUACGCCCUGAAGCACUUGUCUGUGAUGAAAAUGAGGGCCAGUUGAUUGAUGACAGAAACUAUGUCUGGACCUACACAUCUCCAGAAUUCCCGAUGCUGCAGGAAAAUGUCUUGCAAUCCUUCAAGCUGCCACACCCGGUUCUGUGUAUUGGUGGGGUGGUCAAGGUUGAGCUUCUUGGGAGAGUUCAGAAACAGGCAAUCGAUGGUCUCUACUACAUAUGCAUAUCUCAUGUCCAAAUAGUGGGGAAGGCACUGUCACGAGACCUCGGGGUCGUUCCUCGCGGGAACGGCCUGGUCCUGAACUACUAUCUGGAUCCCCGUACAUGCGGCGUUCCCCGCAGCGAGUCGUCACGGGACAAUGGGCGCAGCAGGUGGCAGGGCUUGGCGUCGAGGAUCUGGCAUUCUGGCACGGCGCGAGGGAUAGGAGGGCUGAACCAGACGCUGCUGAGCAGACUGUUUGGCGGUCCGUUGCGGCUCGUGGUCGUAGCGGACGAAUCGGAAGGGGAGGAGGAGGAUGAUCUUCCUUAG